CCUAAAAGCGUUUUUUUAUAAAAAUAACUAGUUUAUAGUUUUUAAUUAUAAUUUAAACAUGGAUGUCUUUUUAAUGAUUAGGCGAAAAAAGUUAACCAUCUUCACAGAUGCAAAGGAUACUACGACUGUACUAGAACUGAAAAAAAUGAUUGAAGGUAUUCUGAAAGUGGCACCGCCCAGUCAAAUGUUAUUCAAUAAGGACAGCCAGUUGAUGGAGGAUGAAAAGACCUUAGCUGAAUAUGGUUUGACCUCUGUGACAGCCAAAGCACAAUGCCCUGCUCCUAUUGGACUUGCUCUAAGGAAAGAAAAUGGUGAAUUUGAAGCCCUGGAUCUAACCCCAUACUCCUCCCCUCCAGAUCUGCCAGACGUCAUGAAGUCCCAGGAGACAAAUGGACAGGAACAAAUGGAUCAGCAUUAAGCGGCAAAACGACCACUCGCAUUUGUGAUACAACCGUCAUCUUAGUAUCAUAUCCUGCACUUUGGAGACCACAGAUAAUAAUAAUGGUGUUCAAAUAUUUUUGAACUUGGCAACCCCAUAUGUGUCACCAAAGUUUAAGGUUAACAGCAAGACAAUGAGUCUUAAUCUGUGCCCUAUUUCGGCACUUAAUCAAGGUUCAAUUGCAUUUUGAAGCUUUUGUUUAACUUCAAUUAAUGUUUGAGCAAAUAAUCAUAAUUUUUUAUGAAAAUCGAUUAUUUGUGUUAACCUCCAUAGUUACGCUAAUAAAACGCUUACUAUCUCUUACGAUUUUUCCAUGGCUACAUUUAAAGCACAUAUAGAGAAAAUACAACAUCUGUCAAUAUUGAUAGAUAUGUUUAAUAUCAUUGAUUGUUUAAAUCCAACAACACUGCUUUUGUUACAAAUUUAUCUUUAUCAUUUCAUUUCGAUUAUUUAUUGUUAUUGUACCGUUGGUGAUGAUUUUAUUUUGGCUAAAUUUGUAUCAGGGUACACAUUUAUGAAUUAACAAGUGUGGUGUGAAGUAUGUGACAAAACUUUAUGGUAUUGUUGCCGUUACAUUUCAUGUAUGAAAACCUCAAAAGUUCAGCAAAACUGCGUGAAACAACGAAUACAUUAAUGAUCCACAUUACUGUAAUUCAUAAUUGAAAUGUGCAGCCUGCUCAAAAAUAGUCCUAUUUUAGUAUUUCAUUUAAUUAAUUUUGUGGUGGAAACAUCGAAAAUUCAAAUGCCACAUUAACAUUUUAUUAACUACAUAAACAUUCAACUAACGUAUAACAGUCUGGUGGAAUACGUUUCGUAUAUUUAUUGCGUCUAGAUAUUACGUGUGUAUCGUAGAUGUCACAAUUUUCACUAAAACUUGCGUGUUCUUAGCUUUUUAUGUCACUUUCAAAAUUGUGUACUAAUAUGGUUAUAGGUUUACACUUUAAGUAUCACUUCAUUCUCAUGAAUAUCCCAAAGCGGGAUUAAGUAAUCAUUACGUGUAGUUAUUUCGAUGUUUUAAAUAAUUAACAUGUCGUACAUUAAGUAUUUAUUCAUAUGGCAACAUUUUUGGCCAUACACCGAACGAGAAUCUAAUAUUGUUUUUGUUUUUUUUAUAUUGGAGCAGGCCUUUAAUGUAACACGUUAUCCAAAUGAUAUAAAUUUCAAAUUAAACGACAAAUUUAGUACGACUUUUGACUUGAAAAACUUUAGUACUAUUUUGAAAGUCAGUAAUACUAGGUACUAAUUUAAGUUAAAUACUAUAAAAUCUCAAGUCUUCGUUUCAAAUAAUACUAAAGUUUUUAAGCAUGUCUGACUGCCAUUAAAGAGAAUUAGUCAAUCUUAGUCGAUGGAUACAUUGGCAUCGGAUGUGCAAUCUACGGUUUUGUGGUUAUUCUAUUAAAAUUAAUAUGGUAUUUAACUAAUGAUAGAAUAGGAUGGUCUAUAGAUAAUAGUUAAAUUGAUAGGGUAAAUAGGGGCUUUUUAUAUUCUUGGAUCCACAACAUUUCUUCUAUAUUGUGAACCUACCACAAGGUUUUAAUUAUAAUAUUGCUCCAUUGUUUAUGGUUUACACGUGGAUAUAUCACCUCAUGCAUUGUAUCAUACUGUAUUAUUAGUUAGGCGAACGUGAAGUUAACGAGAAAGCCCAAAAAAUCGCUAAGGGGAUUCAACCUGUGGUAGGUGCUCAAUGUAUAGUGACUAGUUCCUCGACAUUGACGGUUGCUAAUUAUUUUUCAUUUAUCGAUUUAUUUUGUAACAAUUUCUUCUAUUAUAUCUUUUUAUUAAAACACGUAAAUGAGGUUCUUUAUGUUUUUAUUUUGAGAGCAGUUGGUAAUAUAUUUUAUGGGCUCAUUUAUCAUAAUAAUAUUUAACAUCGCUGCUCUUAAUCUUAAUAUCUAACGUUAUUUGUGAAGUUUUCAUUUUGCACAAUGCAGCCCUUUUAAACAAACGCAUUGAAAUGUACAUUUUGAGAUGAAAUUUUUUAUUUCUUUAUUAUUAAAGAUACUACUGCUCAGCUUUAUCUCGAUAUUGCAUUCAACGACUGUAACUUCAUGUAUUUGAAAAUUAUAAACGCGAUUCAUUUAAUAGUUGAUAACCAAUAAAAAAAUUUCUUUAUUUUCAUUGGUGCAUAAUUUAAUCAACGUUUAGUUUAAACCUGCACAUUUGUUACCAAAUUCCUGUCUAUCUAAAGUCGUAGUAUUAAGUUUUAUUGCACUAUAAUAGGUUUAUAUUCUAAUAAUUAUUGAAGAAAUUCUAUUCAUUAAAGUGAGCUUAAUAUAGAUUUUUUCGAAAGCCUUCGGAGAUUCACUUUUGUUUUUCAUUCGUAGUCCUUAUUGUGAUGUAAGUACACAGCAAUAAUCGUAAUGACAAUUUUAUGUAGCAGUUUAGUUGGAACAUUAAGGUUUUGGAAAUGACAUGUGAACAAACAAUAGGGCAAGAGACUUGUGUAAAUUAGAUUAGUUUCAUAUGCAAGUAUGGGAUAUUUCAAGAACCAGCAGGAAAUAAAGCUGUUUUGAUUUGUUU